CGGAGGAUGACAGACGAUGACAUUAUGUAAUGGCAGCCGCAGUGUCGCACAGCUGUGAAAUGUUUGUAAUCGAUGACAGCUUAUCAGUUCUUUCGAACGCCAUCGUUGCUCAGAAUCAGUCAUGAAUUCUCGGUGCACCGAGGUUUUUCUCGAUGGCUGGAAGUACUCUCUACUUGAUCACAAAUCCAUCUUCUAUUGAGCGAAGGAAAGGUUGGCUAUAAAAUACACGAGCAUGGAUCACCGUCUCUCCAAUAUUCCAAGCAUUUCAUACCUAGUGUCUCCUAGUUUGCAAUAGAUCACGAUGUCUUCUUCGAUAUCUGCACUCUUCUCUCCCAUCCGUAUAGGCAACAUCGGCUUGCAGCACCGCGUCGUCCUUGCCCCACUCACCCGCGUACGUGCACACGCAAAUCAUGUCCCAGGCCCACAAGCGCCAGCGUACUACUCUCAGAGAGGCUCUACCCCCGGCACUCUUCUUGUCACAGAGGCCACAUUCAUAUCUCAGAAGGCCGGUGGUUACAAUAAUGUGCCUGGGAUAUACACCGAUGCUCAUGUGGAGGAGUGGAAAAAGGUAACAAAAGCAGUUCACGAGAAGGGCUCUUUCAUUUUCCUACAACUCUGGGCACUCGGGCGUACGGCAGAAACACCCGUCCUUGCCAAGGAGAACAAUAGCCCGUACGUCAGUGCUUCAGCCAUCGCUAUCCCGGGAAAAACGGACGUGCCACGCGCACUCACCACGGAUGAAAUCAAGGAGUACGUUGCCACGUAUGCCGCUGCCGCAAAAAAUGCAAUUCGAGCUGGCUUCGAUGGCGUUGAAAUUCACGGAGCGAACAGCUAUUUGAUCGAUCAAUUCAUACAAGAUGUCACCAACCAGCGUACAGAUGAAUACGGUGGAAGCAUCGAGAAUCGGGCAAGGUUUGCACUCGAAGUCACAGAUGCCGUUGUGAAGGCCGUUGGUGCUGAGAGGACGGCGUUCCGAAUAAGCCCGUGGGGCAGAGUCAAUGGUAUGGGCAUGGCAGAUCCCAAACAUCAGUUCUCCUACUUGGUUGAGCAGCUGCGCAAACACAAACUCGCAUACCUCCACGUCGUGGAGCCGAUGCCUGCCGAAAUCACUGCUGACAAAAACAGCGAUUUCAUCCGUGAUAUCUGGGGUGGGGUUGAAGGUAGCGCGUUCAUCAGCACAAACGGACAUACGCGGAAUAGCGCGAUUGAGACGGUAGACAGGAAAGGUGGCCUUAUUGGAUUCGGGAGGUUGUUUAUGCCAAACCCCGAUCUUCCAUUCCGUCUGCUGAAGAAUAUCGCGCUUGAGCGGGGUGACCAAGCAACGUGGUACGUGCCCGGUAAUCUUACACCGACAGGUUAUUCCGAUUGGCCCUUUGCGCCGGAGAAUGACCAGCAGAUAAGCAGAUUGUGAGACGGGCUUUGCAAGUAAUAUACCUUGGAAUCGAAUAGAUGUCGAUUUCACAGUUCUGAUACCUUACUGUAUACACCUGAUAUCAUGAUCAUAAUUAAUGUUUAUUUCAGUUUAUCUUACGGUAUGACAUUAUCAGUGACAGUUCGUCGUAUUUUUGAUUUAGUCCACCAUCAAGAGGCGCGAAGGGGAAGCACGUCAGGUAUCAGAUUGUCAGACUAGAUUUUGAGACCAAGUAGAUAUGUGAGUUAUCUCCCCUGACAAUUGUGCAAUCUGAGCGAUGCUACCAGAAGGCACCGUGCCCCUUCAACUGGUACAAAAUUUAGAGGACGAUAUAGAAUAUUCAAAAGGCUUAUCUUAGGGUCCGCGUUAUGUGGGCCUAACCAUCAAGGAAGCCUAAUUAAGGGGAUUGCCGCCCAUGUUGGCAAGAUGCUUUCCAACUGCGGUACUGGAGCGACUGGACCGUGGAUAU